AGCAUGUGAUAACGAACAGACUCUAAAAGAUGAACUCGGAGAUGAGCUCAAUAGACGCUCUAGUUGAACAUUGUCAGAGUGCAGUGGAAUGUGAGGACAUUCCAACAGACCUUCAGUUUAGUAGUCAUGUGACGGGAGAUGAACCACAGGAGGAGUCUGCAAUGGAUGACGACUGUUGGAAGAGCCAGGCUGUAGUUGAUAGGGACAUGUUAAGUGAGGUGCCGGAGCGAGUUAACUGGAUACACUUUGUAGAUGGUACGCCCUACGGGGAGCGUCUACUAAAAGCAGCGGAACAAGGCUGUACUGCACUGGUUGAGGAGAUACUGUCUGGGGAACCUGAUGUUAUCAACUACAAGGACACUGACGGUUACACUCCUCUACACAGAGCUUGUUAUCAGGGGUGGGAGGAUAUUGUGGAGAUCCUGCUUCUAAACGGGGCAGAUAGGGACAGUAGAACAGAUGAUGGUUGGACCCCACUGCACAGUGCAGCACGAUGGAACAAGGUCCUCUGUGCUAAACUCCUUAUUGCUGCUGGGUGUGAUGUAAAUGCGAUGAGUAACGGCCAACAAACACCGCUUCACAUAGCGUGCAGUAGUCAGGCCUGUGCUAGUGUUAUACAUCUGUUACUCUGGCACUGCGAUACUGAUGUGUCCCUGCUGAACAACAGUGGCGAGACAGCAGAGAAGGUAGCAUUCUCUAGUUCCCUUCUAGGACCGCUCUUUGAGCUAAGACACAGAUUUGUAGACAUUGAUCCUAUGAAGGAUAGAGAAAUCCUCUUAUAAAGGCUUGUGGAAUGUGGAAUUGAUGGGAUCACAUCAUGGGGACGAUGAAACAAACGCCAUCCUCCUCAAAAUCCUACAACACAACAUCCGAGUUAAAUCAGUACAAAUAGACGGACUGCGACGAGUACAAGAGGACAUAGUGGUACCUCAUCUCAAACCUCUGUUAAAAGCUAAGAAUCUGUACUCUCUGUUGGGACUAGUAGGUAAAACUCAUGAUGAUCUGGAGGUACUGGACGCGUUUGAGAAGAUAGACAUUAAUAUAGAACAUCUGGGUAAGAAGAGCGAUGUAAACGAGGUAAUGCUGAGAGUAGCUGUUAGUGAGAAUAGGAGGAACACGUUCGGCAUGAACGUGUCAGGUGAUAGAGGACUCAAUGAUGGUAGUUUAAAUAUUUACGGGAAAGUUAGGAAUCUGUUCGGGAGACUGGAAUCUGUCCGUGUUAAUUACGUGAAGGGAACGAAGAUUUCAGAUGGUUGCAGCAUGAUCUUCAAUAAACCCAUCUUAUCCCAGAAAAACUCUAAUUUCAAAGUUGUAGCGUCAAAAGAGAACAUGUUAAACAGGACUGCAAACUACAUGACAUCCGACGUUAAGACUAACAUGGUGUAUCAAGUUGGGAUGUUAGGAGGUAAGAAUGAGUUUGAAGCAGAAGCUCUCUGGCAACAGAUCCACGGUGGGAACGUCUCCAUGAAGGUCAGAGAAGAGUUUGGUCAUCAUCUGAAGUGCGCCGUGCGGCACAAGUAUGUGCGCGACACACGCGACGACCUCCUGGUCCCAACUACCGGUUCAAAACACUCAAUAGAAACAGAGCUAGCUGGGUUUAUGGGUGAUGUGAACCAUGUUAAAGUCAAUGUGGACUCUCAGAUUAACACUAAACUAUUCCUGGGUUACUCUGGAGCUCUGUCGUUCCGAGCUGGUCUGAUCCAUGAACUGAGUGAGAACAGGCGGACGUGGAUAACAGACAAGUUCUUUUGUGGGGGCCCUGGUUCAGUUAGAGGGUUCUAUGAGGACGGUAUAGGGCGCCCACUUGGGGGCACCAUGCAUUGGGGGGCUGGGGUAUCACUAUCUCGCAAACUCCCCUUCUCUCCCCAUAUCUGGGGUCUUGGCAAGUUCAUGCGUAUAAACCAUUUCGUUAACGCUGGUAAUUUAGGAAAUGAUAGAAAGGACUUGUUCGUUGAUCCGAGAGUAUCAGUUGGUUCCGGUGUUAUUAUGAAAAUAGCCAACUUUAGAAUGGAGAUAAAUUAUGCGGUUCCUAUCAGGUAUCAAGCUAGUGAUGUGGUGAAUCACGGACUACAGUUCGGCAUCGGAAUUAAUUUCAUGUGAUUUUGUUGGCGGAAUUAAGGUUAUAUGCAUUUUGAUCCGCGAAUUAGGAUUUUAUACGAAUGUCACGUUAGAAUAAAUAUUUGGAUGUUUGAGUUAAGAUAGCGCACUCUACUAUUUUCUCAUUUCAAUUCACGUCGAGGGCCGUUUUGGUAAACGAGUUAACAUUCAUACUUUCCUGUUUUGUUGAUAUUGUAUUGUAUAUAAUGUGUUGAUAUUUGAUUCGAGAUCGUAACAUGUUUAUAUUUGCUGA